AUGAGUUCAGCAGAAUUUCCUAUCGAAGCAACCAAAUCUCAAGGCUCAAAUAAAGUAAGCCCUGAAUUUGCUCAGUUUUUGCAGCAAUCAGAAGGAGAAGUUGAAAAAACAAAGUUUAUGAUGUUUAGAGGCGACAAAUCGCCGAAUUCUGAUUCUGUGGGUGACUCACUUACAAAGUUUAAUUCUGGAGAUGGAUUGACUGACUUUCGAAAUAUAAAUAUUCACCCUAGGUUUGAAUCUUCCUCAUUCCAAAUCCACGAAAAAAUUGUAAAAAUCAUAUAGGAAACAAUAAAAGAAGCUCCUAUAGAAUACUACGAAUCCAUUCUAUAUGAUUUGUGUAGGCGUUACAAUUUAGAAUUAUUCUCAAAAAAAAUAACCACAAAGUGCAUUGAAAUUUUUCAUCACAUUUAUAGGCUAAAAGCUGAAGAAGAGGAAUUAUCGCCUAAUGAAGUUUCUCAGCUAAACAUGCAUUUUGAAGAUGUCUUGACCUCUUUUCCUAACUCCCCCCCCCCCCCUCCGUGAGCGAACAAAAAAAUUUUGUUCGCUCACGGAGGGGGGUUAAUUUUUUUUUUUAAAAAAAAAUUUAUAUAUAAAUUUUAUAAAAAAUAUUUUUUUCGAAAUUUAAAAAAAUCCUAAUUUGCAAAAAUUGGGAAGCAAAUAUUAAUUUAAUUUGCAAAAUUUAUGUUUUAAAACGCAAUUUGUUUAAAAUUAAACAGAAUUAGCUCUAGAUUUCAUUAUACUAAUUAUCACUUAUAUAUCAAAAUUUUUUUCCAUUAAAAUUUUUUCUAUUAAAAAAAUUUUUGUUCGCUCACGGAGGGUGGGUUUUUGGUCAAAAAAUGGUGAUUUUUCUAAUGGUUUUGUUCGCUCACGGAGGGGGGGGGGGAGUAAGAUUUUUCAAGAGUAUGAAUUAUUUAAAGAGACUUUAAGCUUGGCCUCAGCACUUGCUGUAAAAUGGGGAAUAGCUAACAUAGAUCAUUAUUCAUAUAGAUUGACUGGAAGAUCAAUGAACAUUAAGAUGCUUGAUUUACGGGAAAUCAACAAAAAUUUAUUCACAUGCGAAACUAUUUGGAUAGGGACUAUGAUAAAGCAAGAUCCUUUUGUAAAAAUCGCUGAUGACCAGAUCGCUCAAUACGCUUAUUUGCUCUUACAAGUAUGCUGUUUAAACUCUUAUAAUUUUAUUCCCCUUUGCUGUUUUUUUUAAAAUCUAUAAAAUAUUCCCAAUAUGAUAAUUAUAAAAAAAUUAUAAACACAUAUACUUAUAUAGUGACAAAGCUAGUAAACUCAAUAUUAUCCUUAAACCAACACUGUAACCUCAACAAUACCCCUACUAUCGCAGGUCUUGUUGCUUCAAAAAAUCCUAAAGUCACAAGAUUCAGUGGAGUUGAGCCUAACUACGACGCUGAAGUGGUGGCUUAUCAAAGACUGAAGCUUAAUCGAGGAAUUUUAAGUUUCUGCGUAAAAGACAGAGACUUAAAAACCAUAAGAGAAAUCAAAAGCUUAUUAGAAGAUUUUGAAAACGUUUAUCGACAAUUUGAACAGUCUUUGAUGGUAAACAUUUUAAGUAUGUCAAAACACGCAAAAGAUGUUGUAUAGAAUAUAAUGAUUUUUUUAAUAAAAAAAAAAUAAAAAUAAUAAUUAUUUUUGGAAAAAAAUUGGGUGAUAACUCCCCCCCAUCCUUGAUCGAACGACUCGCCAACGUUCGAUCAAGGAUGGGGUUAAAAAAAUUUUUUUGGGAAAAAAAUUUUAUAUAUAAAAUGAAAAAGAUAUAUAUAGAUUUUUUUUAUUUACUUUAAAUAAGAGGGUUUAAGAGUAUUUAAUAAUUUUUUACAGCAAAAAAUUGAAGUAAUUUCAUAAAAAUACCAAUUUUUUAAUAUUUUAAUUUAUUAAUUGUCCCUGUAUAAAUUUUAAUUUUUUCCUUAUUAUAUUAAUUUUAUUUUUUUUUUAAUUUUAAAGAAUCUCUAUUUUAUUAGAUUAUUGAGUUUUUAAGCAUAGGUUGAUGACUAAAUCACUUCGAAUGGUUGAUUCAAAAGCUUUCUCUCGUCUCAAAGUCUCUGAAAACAAUUUCAUUAUGUACAUUUUUCCCAAGCUUUUGAUAACUAUUAUAUUUAUAUAUAUAAAAAUUUGCAUGAUAUGAAAAUCGUUCGAUCAAGGAUGGGGUUAAUUUCCCCAAUUUUUAGGAAUUUUUACAGUCAAUCGUUCGAUCAAGGAUGGGGGGAGUAAG